AUGGCCAGUCUCAAGAGCGAAACCAAGAAGGAAGCCAAAAUGAGGAUACGCGCCUUCCCUAUGACAAUGGAUGAGAAAUAUGUGGAGAACAUCUGGGCCGCUCUAAAGAAUGCCAUCCAGGAGAUUCAGAGGAAGAACAACAGUGGGCUGAGCUUCGAAGAGCUGUACAGGAACGCCUACACAAUGGUGCUCCACAAACACGGGGAGAAGCUUUAUGCAGGCCUUAGGGAGGUGGUCACAGAGCAUCUCAUCAACAAAGUACGGCAAGAUGUCCUAAAAUGUCUAAACAACAAAUUUCUGCAAAUCCUAAAUCAAGAGUGGAAUGAUCAUCAAACAGCUACCAUUAUGAUAAGAGACAUCCUCAUGUACAUGGACCGAGUUUAUGUCCAGCAAAACAACGUGCAGAAUGUGUACAACCUCAGCGUCAUCGUAUUCAGAGACCAGGUGGUCCACUACAGCUGCAUUCGAGAACACCUAUGGCAGACGCUACUGGACAUGAUUAAACGAGAAAGAAGGGGAGAAGUUGUAGACAGGGGAUCUAUCAGAAACACCUGUCAGAUGCUGAUGGUUCUCGGCCUGGACAGCAGAAUUAUAUACGAGGAAGACUUCGAGCGUCCGUUCUUAGAAAUGUCAGCUGAAUUCUACCAGAUGGAAAGCCAGAGGUUUCUCGCAGAAAACAGCACCAGCAUCUACAUCAAAAAAGUUGAAGCCAGAAUCAACGAGGAGAUCGAACGCGUCAAACAUUGCUUGGACAAGUCAACGGAAGAGUCCAUCGUCAAGGUGGUGGAGAGGGAGCUGAUAACAAAACACAUGAAAACCAUAGUGGAGAUGGAGAACUCUGGAAUGGUCCACAUGCUCCAAAAUGGCAUAACGGAAGACCUAAUGUGCAUGUACAAGCUGUUUAGCCGUGUCCCAAAUGGCCUUAAAACAAUGUGUGAUUGUAUGAGCUUAUUCUUGAGAGAGCAGGGCAGGGCUCUUGUGUCAGAGGAAGGAGAGGGCAAAAACCCAGUCGACUAUAUCCAGGGACUGCUGGAACUGAAGUUGGUUUUUGACCAUUUCCUACAUGAGUCUUUCAACAAUGAUAAACUAUUCAAACAAACCAUAGCUGGAGACUUUGAGUAUUUUCUCAAUCUUAACUCCCGCUCACCAGAGUACCUAUCGCUCUUCAUCGAUGAUAAGCUCAAGAAAGGAGUUCGAGGGUUGACAGAACAGGAGGUAGAGGUGAUUCUGGACAAAACCAUGGUGUUGUUCAGGUUUCUGCAAGAGAAGGAUGUUUUUGAAAGGUACUACAAGCAGCACCUGGGACGGCGACUGCUGAGCAACAAGAGCGUCUCGGACGAUUUAGAGAAGAGCAUGAUCUCCAAGCUCAAAACGGAAUGUGGCUGCCAGUUCACCUCAAAACUAGAAGGGAUGUUUCGCGAUAUGACCAUCUCCAACACCACAAUGGACGAGUUUAGGCGGCACGUACACGUCACGUCGGCGUCUCUGUGUGGUGUGGACCUGACUGUCCGAGUCCUCACUACUGGUUACUGGCCCACGCAGUCAGCUACUCCAAGAUGCACCAUCCCCCUCGCUCCUCAGCAUGCUUUUGAGGUCUUCCGGAGGUUUUACCUCGCCAAACACAGUGGUAGACAGCUCACGCUGCAGCAUCACAUGGGCGGGGCGGACUUAAUUGCAACUUUCUACGGCGCUUUGAAAAAAGAUGAUGGAUCUGAAGCUAGCGUGGGAGGUACUGCAAUGAGUGGCUCAAACGCUCGUAAGACUAUUCUCCAGGUGUCCACCUUCCAGAUGACCAUUCUCAUGCUUUUCAACCACAGAGAAUGUUUCUCGUUUGAGGAGAUCCAUAAUGAGACAGAUAUACCCAGAUGGGAAUUAUUUCGAGCGUUGCAGUCUUUGGCCUGUGGAAAGCCAACACAAAGAGUUCUCACCAAAGAGCCAAAGUCCAAGGAGAUCGAAAAUGGACAUUUGUUCACGGUCAAUGACCAGUUUACUGCCAAAGUUCACAGAGUCAAAAUACAGACAGUUGCUGCUAAACAAGGUGAAUCUGACCCAGAGAGGAAAGAGACACAGCAGAAAGUGGAUGACGACAGGAAGGUUAUGAUUGAGGCAGCCAUAGUGCGCAUCAUGAAAUCCAGAAAGAAGAUUCAGCACAAUGUCCUGGUGGCCGAGGUAACUCAGCAGCUGCAGGCACGCUUCCUCCCCAGCCCCGUGGUCAUCAAAAAGCGCAUAGAAGGACUUAUAGAGAGGGAAUACUUGGCAAGAACUCCAGAGGACAGGAACAUGUACACCUACAUUGCCUAG